CUUCUCUUCUCCAUUGCGAAGCGCUUCCUCUUCAUCGGAUUGAUCUAUACUAGGCUAGGGUGCUAGCUAGCUAGGUCUUUGUGCAGCAGUGAACUCUCGGACACCAUGUAUAGCGCGAGUGCCAUGGAGGCCGAGGAUUUCGGGAAAUCAUGGCUCGGCCUAGGGAUAGGCGGCGGCGAUCUGAAGCGGAGCCACGGCGAGCGGAGGUCGUCUUCGGCGGUGCGGCUCGACCUGCUGUUCCCGCAGAGCGUCAAGGAAGAAGCUGCGGUGGGCGCCAAGGCAGAGAACGGUGCUCGGAAGAGGUUGAAGAUCACCGAUGACGACGACGCCCGCCUAUCGCACGAGCCGAGCCCGAGCGACGACGGCGGCGACGGCAGCGCAGGCACGAGGAAGAAGCUCCGGCUCACCAAGGAGCAGUCGACCCUGCUCGAGGACACCUUCCGCGCCCACAACAUACUAUCCCACGCUCAGAAGCACGAGCUCGCGCGGCAGGUGAAUCUAAGCGCGAGACAGGUGGAAGUGUGGUUCCAGAACAGGAGAGCAAGAACGAAGCUGAAGCAAACGGAGGUGGACUGCGAGAUCCUGAAGCGGUGCUGCGAGAGCCUGACCGGCGAGAACCAGCGGCUGAAGCACGAGCUCGCGCAGCUGCAGCGGUCGGCGGCGGCGGCGGCCGGGCUCUACGUGCAGCUCCCGCGGCGGGCCGCGGCGACGGCCACCGUCUGCCCGUCCUGCGAGAAGGUCACCGUGACGACGAGCGGCGGCGAGACAAGCAAGAGCUCCAGCAGCUAUUCCUCCUGAGCGAGAGGCGGCCGAAGCGUAUGCUUCAAUUCAUGCUUGGCUCGGUUCGAUGAGAUGGUUUAGUUUCGAGGUUUCAUGAGAGUUUGUGUAGGUAAAGUGUGUGCAUGCAUGCUAAUAACUCUGGUGCCCUUAUUACACACACGGUAUAGCUUUAGGGAUGCAGCUGGUCUGCAAAAUUCUGCAUGCUGUUGCAACAUGCAUGCAAGCCUUGUGCUAUAGAUAGAUGAAAAAAUAUAGUUGUAAUAUGAUCAGGUCAAUGAACUGAUUUGAGUCUUAGGAUAAACUCAAAGAUCAUUCAGCACCAAUUAUGUAGCCACACGCCAAUUUCUUCUUAAUUUGUUAUAUAUGUUUGCUAUGCUUCAUUGUACAUAGCAAACCCUAUAUUAUUGUUAUAUAGCAAUUUUGAUUUAUUGUAUUUAUUAUAUUUUCCC